AGGUGAAGGUUAUCACCCGGUCAAAGUUCAAAAUGGUGGAAAAAUGUAAUGAUACUCAAUUUGUGUCAGGAUGUUAACAGCUCUUGUCCAGACAGCUUCUCUGUUGAUAAAAGUUACUUACUCUGUCCUUCACAGUUUGGUAUCUUACAUCUUUCCACCUACAUUUAAGGACAUAAGUGAAGAUGUCAUAUUGAUAACUGGGGGCGGAAAAGGAAUUGGUAAGAAGAUCGCCAUCGGAUUUGCAAGAAGACGCCCAUCCCACAUUAUAUUAUGGGGUCGCCAUGGAAACACUCUCGAACAAACACAAAAAGAAAUAAAAGAACUGGGUGUGAAAUGUUCAUACAUGAUCUGUGAUGUCAGCAACAAAGAAAAUAUCUAUGACUGUGCCAAACAAGUCAAGGAUGCUAUUGGGGAGGUGACGAUUCUUGUGAACAAUGCUGGAGUUGUCUACGGCAACCCGAUUCUCACAAGCAGUGAUGAUGAUGUUGUCAAAACAAUGCAAGUCAAUGUUAUCGCACAUUUCUGGACCCAGAAGGCAUUCCUGCCAGCAAUGAUAGAACACAAUAAGGGCCACAUUGUGAGUAUCAGCUCAGUGCUGGGGCUCAUGGGAUUGAGCGGAGCUGGAGAUUACGUUAGUGCUAAGUUUGGCUCGACAGGGAUGGCGGAAGCGUUAAGUGAUGAGCUUCGAGUCCUGGGCAAGACAGGAGUGAAGGUGACGAGUGUGCACCCGUACCAUAUUGAUAACACGAUGUUUGAUGGACUGGAGUCAAGACUAUCCCGAUGGUUGAUUCCACCAUUAUCAGAAGACUACGUGGCGAAUAAAACAAUCCACGCUGUCCUCACCAACAGGUGCAAGAUACUCAUGCCGCGGGUGAUGUACUUCCUCAACUGGUUUAAAAAUGUGUCUCCCAUUGAUGUCACCAUCGCACUUGCCCGUGUGACUGGAACUGACCGAGCUAUGGAUGGAUUCAAGGGUCAUGCCAGGGCCAGCUAAAGCAAUCAUAUUUUUCAAUUUUGAUUUUUAAUCGAAAAAUAUUACUUUGAUUUAGAGUUAGUGUAAAAGGUUCAAAAAGCAUUUUUUAUGGUUUAAGAAUGAUUGAAAGCUCUGUUAAUUUGUAAUUUAAUUGAUCUGGUCCAAUUUUAAUGAAAAAUACUGGAACCGUAAAUUAUAUUCAAAUCUUUCAAAACCUGAAUUGCACACAAUAUUGUUUUGCAAUAUUAGGCUGUACACACAGAACAGCUGAGUGCCAGAGAUUGCCAGUGAUUCCAGUGCAGUGAUGGGACCACAGUGCUUUCAAUUGCUGAACCCAAAGAUUCUUUCCAGUAAAAUGUACUAACCGUAUUCGACGUAAUAAGCGCCCAGGGCACUCUCACAAUAAGAAAUAGGAGGAUCUUAUUAGAAUAUUAAUUUGGUGAAAAAUAAUAGAGUUGAAAGAUAGUAAAUUUCGUGGUUUAUGCUGACAGCCUGAGAUGUUUAUAUACAACAGAUAUAUUUUUCCAGAAUUUAAUUGCCUAUAAUUAGGGUGCAUACUGCAUUUAAUACACGAGUGUGUAUUAUACACGAAUAAAAAAGUCUUGUGUACAUUGAUCAAUCGGAACGUAUGCUAAUUCGGAUUGUUUACUAGCCAGUAUAUUAGCAAAUAUCGCUGUGGGCACUUAUAAGAGCGGGCGCUUAUUACGUCGAAUACGGUAAUGAUUAAUUUCUGAACAGUAAAAUCCUUCAAAUCUAAAUGAAUGGUAAUAUUAAGAUGGGAAUCGCUAAGACUGCAUACCAUUUCGACCCAUCAAGAUUGAAUAAAAAGUAAUGUUGAGACUAUAAUGCUAUCACAUCCAUCAGAAUGGUAAUUUGAGACUUGAAUCUCCAUUACAAAAAAAAUUCUUCAAAAUUAAACGGAUGAUAAAUUUAACCACAAGUCACAAUGAUAAUUUUUGGGUGUUACCUAAAAAACAAAUUUCAUUAAUCUGACCCUGAAGCUUGAUGGUGUUUGCCUUACAACUGGUGGAAAUGAAUGUUUAUAAGAUGUUGCAUCUGUUGUCGUGUUUGACCAUUUCCCUUUGACCAUUCUUCUCCCUUAAGUAGGUCAUCAGUAUCAAGAUGCAAAUAUUUGCAUGUCUAUAUUUAUUUCUGUUUGUAGUUUUUCUGUCAUCUUGCCUUGUUUUGUUUGUACCAUUUGUUACAGGUUUGUUUUGUUUUAUUUCAACAAUACAUUUUAAAUGUGGAAAUUUAUUGAUUUAAAUUAAUGUAGUUGUUUUUGUUUCAACUGAGAAACUUUGAUGUUAGCAUUUGAUAUAUUUAAUUACUCUUGUUUAAUUUGUGUGCCAUAUUCCAUCACAGAAAAAACAUUAUGUGUUGGGGAAAUAGUAUAUUUUACAGCUGCACUACAAAGCAAGGUCCCAACAUUCUGGGAGUUUGGUGAUAUCACUGACCAAAGACGUAUAUAGAUACGUCUUUGCACUGACACAGUUGACACAAAGUUUCUUCUUUUUCGAUGGGCAUUUCAAUUGGUUUCAGUAAAACAUUUCAAAGCUCCACAGAUUUGGUUUGACAAAUCCCUGUUACCAUGGUUACAAGACAGUAUAUUGAGAUGUGUCACAUGGUAUGGCAGAUUACUAUAGUUAUAUGAAAGAAUCGGGUGUUGUUUAACUUCUUUUGAGUAGUAUAAUUAUAUUGAGACACUAUAUUUGUGCUAUUUUGCAUUUAAAUCUCUACACUGCAUGUUGGCCUGUUGGGAAGACGUUUCUAUCAACCAGUUAGUGUUUUACUUACAUUAAUUAAGGCUCAUUCUAGUUGUGUUAUGUGAGCAGAUUUAGAUUCUUUCAUAAAUAUUGCUUUAUGAAAUUCAAUACAGAUUUAUGCCACGAAUUGAUAUAUGGGUGUCCAGAUCAUGUGUCAUAUCAUAAUCUUUACGAUGUGUCACUAGAUGCUAGAAUAAGGACCAAAAAAUCAUGUGUCAAAAUAAUGUCAUCUGGACCAUUUAUUGCACUUCCCAACUGUUAAACCACUUCCCAACUGUUAAACCACUUCCCAACUGUUAAACCACUUCCCAAAUGUUAAACCACUUCCCAACUGUUAAACCACUUCCCAACUGUUAAACCACUGGGGGGCACGGGUGGCCCAGUCGUCUCAGGCGCUGUGACUCGCUGUGCAGAGUUAUGUCCCUUGUAAACACCAGAAACCUAUGAUUGUGGGUUCGAAUCCUGGUUCGCCCCGAUUAUGUU